GCAUGAAUUCUGCCGAACCAAAGUUGGAGAGAGACGAGAGGCAUUCACCGCAAAUAAUUGAGUUUUUGGGAGUUGGGAGAGACGGAGAAGGAGGAUCGAGGGUUUGAGGUCGGGGCAUUCGGAUCUAUGCAACCGAGGAUUGAUCGCAAGCCAUCGGUUGGUGUAGACGAAGAAGCAGUUUUUGGAUUUCAAUCGUGUUUUUGUGAAUGCUGCAAAAGCUGGGUCUUCGAUGAUGAGUAUUAGGAACUUGUUUGAUGAUAAGUUGGGUUCUGCAUCCAAUCUCAGCCGCCUCAUUGCCGGACUUUUGCUUUUCCUCCUCUACCAUUCGUUCCAAUUGAUUUCUAAUUUCCCGAUUCCUAUACACCCGUAAAUUUUGUUCUUUGUUUUUCAUUUUUUUCGGUUUACUCUCCUGCGCUGUUUUGUUAUUCGUUGUUGGCAUCUGUUGUGGGAUCGGAUUUGAGGAGUGCGGGUAGAGAAUUUCUGGUGUUGGAUAAUGGAGAUCGUUUAUGGCGAUGAUGGUGAAUUUUCUAACGGCACUUAUGGUUCACUUUUUGAGAGACAACACAACUCAUCUCCAUCUGUCAUUGUUAUUGGUGGGGGCAUCUCAGGGAUUGCUGCUGCACGGAUGCUUCAUGAUGCGUCUUAUAAGGUGAUUCUGUUGGAGUCACAAGAUAGAAUUGGUGGACGCAUUCACACAGACUAUUCUUUCGGUUGCCCAGUUGAUAUGGGAGCUUCAUGGCUACAUGGUGUCUGCAAUGAGAAUCCAUUGUCUCCUGUUAUUCGUCGUUUGGGACUAAGGUUAUAUCGCACAAGUGGAGAUGAUUCUAUCCUCUAUGAUCAUGAUCUUGAGAGUUAUGCACUUUUUGACAAGAAUGGCAACCAAGUUCCCCAAAGUAUUGUUACUGAAGUUGGAGUUGCAUUUAAGAAAAUUCUUGAGGAGACGGAUAAAGUGAGGAACGAACAAAGCAAUGACAUAUCUGUCAAGGAAGCAAUAUCAAUUGUGAUGGAUAGGAACCCAGAUUUAAGGCAAGAAGGCGUUGCAUAUGAAGUCUUGCAGUGGUAUAUUUGUAGGAUGGAGGCUUGGUUUGCUGCUGAUGCAGAAGACAUAUCGCUGCAAGCAUGGGAUCAGGAGAAAGUUCUGACUGGUGGUCAUGGGCUUAUGGUGCAAGGGUAUGAUCCUGUCAUAAAGGAUCUCUCUAGAGACAUUGAUAUUCGUUUAAAUCACAGGGUUAAAAAGAUCGUUAAUGGUUACAAGAAGGUUGUUGUGAUGGUCGAAGAUGGGAGAAGUCUUGUUGCAGAUGCUGCUAUUGUCACUGUGCCUUUGGGGACUCUAAAGGCCAACGUAAUCAAGUUUGAGCCUAAACUGCCGGAAUGGAAACUGUCUGCAAUCUCAGAUCUCGGUGUCGGAAUUGAAAAUAAGAUUGCCCUAAAAUUCGAGCAUGCAUUCUGGCCAAAUGUGGAGUUUCUUGGCAUCGUAGCUACCACUUCUUAUUCAUGUGGCUAUUUUCUUAAUCUUCACAAGGCCACAGGUCACCCUGUUCUAGUCUACAUGGCUGCCGGCGCCCUUGCCCACGACCUCGAGAAACUGACAGACACGGCUGUCGUUGAAUUUGUGAUGCUGCAGCUGAAGCAAAUGUUUCCCAAUGCAACUGAACCUGGGCAGUAUCUUGUGUCGCAUUGGGGAACAAACCCGAACAUUCUUGGCAGCUAUUCAUACGACGCAGUGGGGAACACGGUCGAUAUAUACGACCGGCUGCGCGCUCCAGUGGGCAAUCUCUUCUUCGGAGGUGAAGCAGUGAGUCUCGACCAUCAGGGCUCGGUGCAUGGAGCCUACUCUGCGGGUAUUCUUGCAGCCGAGGCUUGCCAGAAACAUCUGAUGCAGAGGUUCGAGAGUAGUCUCGAGACGAAUCCACUUGCUGCUGCUGCUGCUUCCUGUCGCGACGAACCUCUCGAAGCUUCGGUGCCUCUGCAGAUCUCGCGGUUAUAAGUUUACCUUAACAAAUUGGAACUGUAACUUUUGUUGUUUUUCUGAAUGAAUUGUUCUCGUCGGGAUGUUGGAACUACGGCGCUAUUGAAAUAAAUUCAUUACACAAAUGCUCUGUAACUGUAUUUAUGUAUUAUUGCGAUCUCGAGGUCAUUGGUUGGUUUAAACA